CAGCUCGUGUCCUGUGUACUGGGGUGUAUAUUUAAUACUAUAACUCAAAAAAACAUACAAUAGCAAUUAAGUUAAAUUUAUUGAUGUUAAUAAAAACUUAAAGAUACGAACCGCUGUAACAACUAUAAUCGAGUUCGUUGACACUUAUUAGGCGGGAAUACCUUUCAGAACCAUGGAAGUCCUUUUAAAAGAGAACCAACCCGUAUACUGCGAUUUUUAUAAAAACUUGUUAGUAGAAGAACUGUCACUUUGCGAGUACCCACACUUAUUACACUAUGGAAAAUGUUCAGUCAUCGGAAUUACUACUUGCGGCGAUUCUGGGUUAUACUCUUUGAAAAAUAUAAGGAUGAACUGCAUCGAUAGGCAACUACAGAUCCCAAACGGUACCACUGGAAUAGUAUUGCUCGAUACGUUAGUAUCUGGGAAAAUUCCUGUAAAUAGAUAUUGUGAAGUAUUCGGUGAGGCUGUCCUGUAUGACACUAUCGAUGAUGAGGCAAAUAUUCUCCCGAAAACUUCAAAAGAUCUCAUGGUUGAACUGUUGGCCUUGGAAGCAACCAAUUCAUCCGACUACUUAAAUUCAGCAUAUACGGAGCUGGCAAAGCGAUACUUACCUGCAAUCCGAGUGGACUCUUUUAAUAUUAUUGAGCAAGCUAGUGAGCUGAUUGAAUGUAAUUUGAUGUUGAGGUGCCUGAAAAUGGACCGAAGGUGGAGGAUGAAUCCUAAGUCGGAAAAUGCUAGCUAAUUUUUUCGAAUAACGUCAGUCAAUCAUACGAUUCAAAUAUAGAGCUGUGAUGGCGGUCCCUUAAGACUUUUUUUACAAUUAUAGUUUUUUUUGGGAUCUCUUUUAUUACAUUUAUAAAAACCCAUUUGUUAUGUACACAGUUGUGUGUGUCGUAUAUAAUAGCCAAGAAUUUGCAAAUAAAUUACCUUUAUAGAAUUUGCAUUGCGCAAAUGAUAC